UUCGGUUUGGUCGCCUGAGAGCUUUAAUCGCUGGGUCGAAGGCGGCCCUGGUCUCCGUCCCAGUCAGCGGCCCGCUGCGAGGCGACAUCGAGUGCAGCCGCAUUUGAAUCUUGUUGCGGCCCACGUUGCAGCAUCACCGACUCCUUCGAACUGGCGGCCUCCGCGCCCGGAAGCGAGUGACAGAGCCCAGAAGCUCUGUGCGUGCAAGCGCGACUGCUUGUUGCAAUUUCAAAGUGUACGGAGAGAGUUUGGACUUCGUACUGUGAAUUGCCGAUCGGACUCGAACGGUGAAGGGCAGUUUGUUUUCCUGGCCCAUGGCUGUCCCACAUUUUACAAAUAAAAAUAAGUUGCUGCGGUUAGAGGGAUGGGUGGGCGUCGCAGAUCCAGGAGAGGUGUCUGGCCUUGUGCCUUUUAGAGUUGACGAGCUUGGGAUAUUGCUGCUAUGACAUCAGCGAGCGAGAGGAGGAUCCAACGAAUUUUGCGCAGGUUUUUGGGGCAGGAGGAUUUCCAGGCAAAGUAGCGAAGCCUUAUUAGGUUCGUCGGCAAAUUUCGGAAUGUCGCCGUCUAUAAAGAGAGCAGUGCAUAGCUCUCUGGGGAGGCUUGCGGUUCUGUCUCAAAGACAAGGAAUUGCAGGACAUUCUUCACUUCCUGCCAUCUCGUGUCGUUAUGCAAGUUGUGCAGCACUCCCUUCCAGAAAUGUGAUUCUGUUACGGGCUCAGCCUCUGAAGUUAGACUAUGGCGUCGCUUUCGUAUCGGUCAGGUUCCUCGGAUCGACUCAACUGUGCUCUUUGGAAACUCCAGAAGAAAAUGAUUGGCAAAAGAAGGUGGAUUUUCUCGUCAGCUGUAGUUUCACGAAGGAGCAGGCAAUGCAGGUUUUGAAGCAGUGUCCGUUACUCUUGUCUUUGAGUCUAGAGGAGGAGUUGCAGCCCAAGAUAGCAUUUCUGAGAACUCUUGGGGUUCGUGACCUACCUAAGGUCAUCUUGUUCUCUCCGAACCUUUUGCUCGGCAGGUUAGAGUUGAAUUUGAUGCCAAAAGUGGCAUUUUUUGAGAGCUACGGCAUACAACGGCAGAGCAUUGGGAAAAUAAUCGAGCGGUUCCCAACAGUACUUACAUACAGUAUAGAGGGGAAUAUGAUGUCCAAGACCAAGUUUUUGGAGAGUAUCGGUCUGGAAAGGGAAAGUAUUGCGAAAGUAAUAAUGCGGUCCCCUUACAUUUUUGCUCUUAGUAUCGAGGAGAAUAUGAGGCCGAAGGUCAAGCUCCUCGAGAGCAUCGGAGUGGACAAGAAAUUUUUGAGCAAGUUGAUCACUAGGUGUCCAAAGAUAUUCUGUCUCAGCAACGAGGACAACGUGCUCCCGAAGAUCAAGUACCUGGAGAGUAUUGGAGUGGAGAAGGAAUGCAUGGGGAAAAUUGUAGCUACUUGUCCGAGUAUCUUGAAUUUGAGCACUUCACACAUCCAGCAGAAGCUUGACUUUUUGCAGGCCAAUAAUUACUGUGUGAAGAAGGUUGUAAAUGAGUUUCCAGGUUAUCUGACGUACAGUUUGGAGCACAGGAUCAAGCCUAGACAUCAAUUAAUUGCUUGGCUGAAGAACAUGGGUCUGCUCACCAGAGAGUACUCCCUCUGCCAUAUAUUGCAAAUUUCUGAGAAGAAGUUUGUCCAAAACUUCGUGCAGGGUCAUCCUCAGGCUGCGAAGUUUUUCGAUAGCCUUGGACCCUAGUGUAGAGCAGAUGCGAAGUUGACAAGAAGAGCGCGUGACGUGGAGCAUGUUCGAUGCCGUCGGCCAGGACGGGGCCCUCCUUCAUCAGAGUGCUUAGCCCCGCCCUAUGAUGGAGAGCAGAUGAAAUGCAGAAGGCGGAAGGGUUGCGAAGUCUCGAAGUUCGUGAAUCGGAGGAGCUAUCUGUAGGACAUACUUUACACCUGAUCGUAGCUUCUCACAGCGAUCGGGUCGGGUUAGCUGAUUUUUAUCCAUCCGUGCAACAACCUCCAUGGAUUGGAAGAGUGAAACUCGAGCCUUCAAAGAGUUGUUGUUUCGGUACGCACCCUCUGGUUCCUUGAAUGCGCAAGUGCAGAAACAUCUCGUUUUUGAUCCUGUUGCUGUCCACUGCCAGAAGUAAGAAAACACAAAGUUAAAGAGUAGUUGUCAUCACACUCUGUGACCAGAUUGAUAGCCUUGAGAGUUUCUGCCCUGUUCAAGUGAUGUCUCAUCUGGUUGGGAACUCUUGUUUGACUGGGUCCAAUCAUCUCCUCAGUGAGGCACUGUGCCAACUUUUGUGAUCGAUGGUAACUUUAGCUGUGGGAACAGAGUUUGCUCACAUAAUUGUCUACCACAUGGUAGUGUCCUAUCCUCCACCGGUGUGACAUGUCUUGCACCUUUCAAGUGCCUGUCUAACGGCAAUACACUGAACGUU